GGAACGCAAGCGAGUCUUACAGUGUGGCUGGGUUUGUGAGUGUUAGACAAGCUGGAAGGAGUUCUUGGAAACAUGAUCGAGCAAAACAAGCGGAAGGGAAUGGAGUUGGUGCCGGUACAGGCAAAAAAACCGAGGAACGAGUUGGUGGUUUCGGGUCCCCCAAGAUCAUCCAGUCUUCAGGCUCCCAUCAUGCUGCUUUCUGGUCAUGAAGGAGAAGUUUAUUGCUGCAAAUUUCAUCCCAAUGGUGUAACUUUGUCUUCUGCAGGAUUUGACAGACUUAUCUUGCUAUGGAAUGUAUAUGGCGACUGUGACAAUUAUGCAACUUUGAAAGGACAUAGUGGAGCAGUGAUGGAGCUUCAUUACAAUACAGACGGGAGUCUGCUAUUCUCUGCAUCAACUGAUAAAACUGUUGCUAUUUGGGACUGUGAAACAGGCGAAAGAGUAAAGAGGUUAAAGGGACAUACAUCAUUUGUAAAUUCAUGUUACCCGGCAAGGAGGGGACCGCAGUUAAUAUGCACAGGGAGUGAUGAUGGCACAGUAAAGCUGUGGGACUUCAGGAAAAAGGCUGCAGUACAGACCUUCCAAAAUACAUACCAGGUACUAUCUGUCACAUUCAAUGACACCAGUGACCAGAUCAUCUCAGGAGGCAUUGACAAUGACAUCAAGGUAUGGGACCUGCGACAGAACAAGCUUAUGUACACAAUGAGAGGUCAUGGUGACUCUGUGACAGGGCUUAGCCUUAGUUCUGAGGGCUCCUAUCUUCUGUCCAAUGCUAUGGACAACACAGUACGUGUUUGGGAUGUUCGUCCUUUUGCCCCAAAAGAGAGAUGUGUGAAGAUAUUUCAAGGAAAUGUGCACAAUUUUGAAAAGAACCUGUUACGUUGCUCCUGGUCUGCUGAUGGAAGCAAAAUAGCUGCAGGAUCAGCAGACAGAUUUGUUUAUGUUUGGGAUACUACAUCACGUCGAAUUCUUUACAAACUUCCUGGUCAUGCUGGGUCUGUAAAUGAGGUAGCUUUUCACCCUGAGGAGCCAAUUAUUCUUUCUGCCGCUAGUGACAAAAGAUUGUAUAUGGGGGAGAUCCAGUGAUUCACCCAGUGCACACAGAUCAUGGAAAGCCCAAGCUUUUGACAAGCCCCACUUAUCUUUAAAAAAUCCUUUGGUUCUCAGAGACUUACAACAGUGUGUAUGCUAGUCUGCUCUGGUUUACUGGACUUUUUUUUUUUUAAGACAUGGACUUCUGACAUGCUUGUCUAAGACCUUCGGCAUCCCUGUGCUAAUAUAAGCUCUUUCUGGGGCUUUGUUUCUGAUUUUUUUUUUUUUUUUUUUUUUCUGCCCCACUACCCUGGGUAUCAAAAACCUAUAGACAUCCCUUAUCACACCAAUUUAUUCAUUGUGGCUUGAUAUGAACUCUGUAUAUCCUGUGUGUUUAUUUUAUAUGAUAAACUGUUUUUUAUUA